AUGUCUACCACAGCAACUUUGAACAGGACGGAUGGUGCUACAAGCCAGUCGAAGAUGGACAUGCCUAAGACCAGCGACUUACUACCUUACGAGGUCAGCGGCCGGAGCGCAGGCCCUAUACAGUCUCGUAGAAAGAUCCCGAACAAAUGGCUCCAGGGCACACAAAAUGCGGAAGUUACUAGGCCCCCACUUUCGCUGAAGACUAGCCCAACUGAUGUCGCGCGCUCGCCACAAUAUGCGCAUGCUCAUGAAAGGCAGCCACAUUCAGCCUAUACAUACAACACGUUUCCCUCCAUAUCCCCAAAAUUUACCAGAGAUGUCGAGAGGCGAAACAGCACAUGGGCCGUCCCACGACAAGCAUACGUUCCCACUUCCAUCCCUCGCGACGAAAAUGUGCGCUGCAACAUCCUCUACGUCAGUAACCUCCCCUCAGAGACCUCAGAGGACGAGCUAGAGGACAUCUUCUCAAAGCAGAACGGCUACGUGCGGCUGAGUUUACAUGCGAAGGCGAAUGGGCCGUCGUGCAUUGUUGAGUUCGACGAUGUCACGAGCGCGGCGAAGGCGCUCCGGAACCUGUACGGGUGGCCGCUCAAGAACAGCAGGAUGGGUGGCAUCCGCCUGAGCUUCUCCAAAGACCACCUUGGCUCCCAGGCUGCUCAGGUUCCUGCUCCCCGGACUCCGCGGCGCGCUCCGCCGCCGCCGCCUCUGAUCUUGCCUGUCCGAUCUCCUCCCCAUUCGGCUGGCAGGCUUGCACCGACUGCAAUUGCUACUAGGGUUGCCGAGCCUGAGCCCCCGAGACCUAGUAUUGAGAUCGAGUCCGCCAGCAGUCCGAGUAUCGAGGAGUCGGUGCCAAGACUGCUAGAAUACAAGUCGGCUAAAGAGAGCCCUCCUGCAAAAGCAGCGACAGAGCUUCGUUGUCAACAUUUGGCUGAUCAGGAUCGUGCUCUUGACGACCUGGCUAUGUACACUGUCAGAGGACCGGAUUACAGAAUUGAAACCUUUGAUGAAUGGCGACUGUGGCUGGAGAGGGCAGUCGAGAUGGAGCUUGACUGGUACCCUUUGCCUCCAAUAAAGCAACCUCCGAUGUCCAUCUACCUUGACGAAGACGAAACAGAGCGAUGUGGCAUGUAUCUCGAAGAUAUCCGCGGAAGACCUCUAAUCAGCAAGCCAGACGUUCAAUCCGAAAGGCCCGCCAUUACUCAUGCCAGAAGAGUAACAUCAAUCGCCCUAGCCUGGAGCAGAAUUAUGGUCUCGUCUUGGUUAGGUCCCCAAAGCGGUAGUAGUGGUCGGACACAUAAUGCAUCCCAUGGCAGCGUCACAGCACAGCGGUUGGAAAGCCACUUUUGCAUCGAGAACCAUCCAUCGUUGACUCAACAAACUACGCUUCUGAAGCUUGGGUGUCUGGAGCACAUGCAGGAUGACUUUGAGUUCUUUGUCCAGGCUCGACGCAUGCUGGGCGAGGCAGAGGGAAGUUGGAUACGGCAGAUGUUACCAUGGUCAUACCAUCAAGUCAAAUUGUCAAGAUUCCGUUUUCCGUCCAACGGCAGCGACCAGGUGGAAGCAACAGAUGUGACCGGCCCGUUAGACCCUAGGGAUAUUUUGGGUGGAUAUUGGGGUGGAUAUGAAUUCAAGUUCUCGGGGGAUGCAGACAUAAACAUGCACAUGCGAGUAUACGCCCACAUACUAUUGGAGGGGCUUCGGUAUCCCGAAAUCGGCCGCGGCUCUAGGACUUUGCUCGAUGGCAUUCCGAAACUUAGGAAACCCAUCGCCUUCGAGAAAGAAACGAUGAUCUACGGUUGGGGCUUCUAUGUCAGACAAAGUCUAUCUAUACCGAAGAUCCUAGCCUGGGCUGUGACCAUAAUGAAUAUUUACGAUGCAACCGGCUCCAUUAGCCCAGUCCUGACCGACAUGGAGGCACCAGUGGAAAACAGCACCUGCAAGAAACGAGACGAGUCGAUAAUUACGCAUCGGAGGAGAAGGAACCUUCAGUUAUAG